AUGGAGGCUGUCUUGGACUUCUCCAAGGAUCUCGACAUCAACCUCCUGGACCAGGUUGUUCAGGCCUUCUACGGUGGCUCGGGUGCCGAGCAACAACAGGCCCAGCAGGUUCUCACCCAGUUCCAGGAGAACCCCGACUCCUGGCAGCGCGUGCCCGCUAUCCUGGAGUCCUCGAACAACCUCAGCACGAAGUACAUUGGACUUCAGAUCCUCGAGAAGCUCGUGAGGACAAAAUGGAAGGCGCUUCCGGCCGAUCAGCAGCAGGGCAUCCGUAACUUCAUUGUGCAAGUUACCGUUGAUAUCUCCAGCGAUGAGGCUCGCAUGCGUAGGGAAAAGAGCUACCUCAACAAGCUCAACCUCGUCCUGGUCCAGAUUCUGAAGCAGGCGUGGCCCAAGGAUUGGCCGUCGUUUAUCCCCGAGAUCACGACGUCGUCGAGGACGAACCUUUCGCUGUGCGAGAACAACAUGGUCAUUCUGAAGCUUCUGUCCGAGGAGAUCUUCGAUUAUUCGGCGGAGCAGAUGACUCAGGCCAAGACCAAGGCGCUCAAGCAGACGAUGUGUGGCGAGUUCUCCGACAUCUUCACGCUGUGUAACGAGGUCCUCGAGAAGGCGAACAAGCCCAGCCUCAUCAAGGCGACCCUUGAAACGCUUCUCCGCUUCCUCAACUGGAUCCCGCUGGGUUACAUCUUCGAGACGCAGAUCAUCGACCACCUCGUCAACCGCUUCCUCGAGGUGCCCGAGUUCCGCAACGUCACUCUCAAGUGUCUUUCCGAGAUCGGCGCUCUCAACGUCGGACCCGAGUACAACAACAAGUUUGUCAUUCUUUUCCAGAUGGUCAUGACGAGCGUGAACCGCAUGGUCCCCCCGAGCACCGACCUCGCCUCGGCCUACGAGAACUCGGACGACGAUGACCAGCAGCUCAUCAAGAACCUCGCCCUUUUCCUGACCAAUUUCCUCUCUUCCCACCUCCGCCUGAUCGAGACGCCCGAGUCAAACGAGCUUCUUAUCAACGCCCACCUCUACCUCAUCAAGAUCUCGACCGUCGAUGACCGUGAAGUCUUCAAGAUCUGUCUGGAGUACUGGGCGAAGCUUGUCGCGGAGCUCUACGAGGAGAUCCAGUCGCUGCCGAUGGGCGACAUCAACCCGCUCAUGAACCUCAACCUCGGAAGUGGCAUGGGUCUUAACGGCAACCAGAGCCUCAUGCUUAACGGUGCGCCUCUGAGGAAAACAAUUUAUGGCGAGAUCCUGUCGAACCUGCGACUGGUCAUGAUCGAGAAGAUGGUCAAGCCCGAAGAGGUUCUCAUCGUUGAGAACGACGAGGGAGAGAUUGUGCGCGAGUUCAUGAAGGAGAGCGACACCAUUAUGCUCUACAAGAGCAUGCGUGAGGUGCUCGUUUACCUUACUCACCUCGACGUCGCCGACACGGAGCAGAUCAUGACGGACAAGCUCGCCAAGCAGAUCGACGGAUCGGAGUGGUCGUGGAACAACCUCAACACCCUCUGUUGGGCCAUCGGCUCCAUCUCUGGUGCGAUGAACGAGGAGACGGAGAAGCGCUUCCUCGUCACUGUCAUCAAAGACCUUCUUGGCCUCACCGAGAUGAAGCGUGGCAAGGACAACAAGGCUGUCUGCGCGUCUGACAUCAUGUACAUCGUUGGCCAGUACCCUCGAUUCCUCAAGGCCCACUGGAAGUUCCUCAAGACUGUCGUCAACAAGCUCUUCGAGUUCAUGCACGAGACCCACGAGGGUGUCCAGGACAUGGCGUGUGACACUUUCAUCAAGAUCGCCCAGAAGUGUCGUCGUCACUUCGUGAUGCAGCAGGCGGGCGAGCACGAACCGUUCAUCGACGAGAUUCUCCGCAACCUCCACCGCAUCACUGUCGACCUCCAGCCUCAGCAGGUUCACACUUUCUACGAGGCUGUUGGAUACAUGAUCUCGGCUCAGCCCAACAAGCCGACGCAGGAGAGGCUUAUCGAGAAGCUCAUGGAGCUGCCCAAUAGUGCCUGGGACCAGCUCAUGCAGGCUGCGGCCAGCAACGUCGACGUGCUCGGCGAUACCGACAACGUGAAGAUCAUGUCCACUGUUCUCAAGACGAACGUUUCGGCCUGUACCUCUAUCGGAUCGUUCUUCCUGCCCCAGCUUGGACGCAUCUGGCUCGACAUGCUCGGUCUUUACAAGGCUGUCUCCGGCAUCAUCAGCGACCAGGUUGCUCAGCAGGGCCUCAUUGCCACCAAGACGCCCAAGGUCCGCCAGCUGCGUACGAUCAAGAAGGAGAUCCUCAAGCUCGUCGAGACCUACGUUAAGAAGGCCGAGGACCUUGACGGUGUGGACCAGAACCUGAUCCCCGGUCUCCUCGACGCCAUCCUGGGCGACUACAACCGCAACGUUCCCGCCGCCCGCGACGCUGAGGUUCUGAACGUCAUGGCCACGAUCGUCUCGAAGCUUGGUUCGCUCCUCAUCCCGCAAAUCGCUCCCAUCCUUGACGCUGUGUUCGAGCCUACCCUGGACAUGAUCAACAAGGACUUUGCCGAGUACCCUGAGCACCGCGUCGGCUUCUUCAAGCUGCUGCGUGCCAUCAACCUGACGUGCUUCCCCGCGCUCAUUGAGCUCCCGCCAGCGCAGUUCAAGCUAAUCAUGGACUCUGUUGUCUGGGCCUUCAAGCACACCAUGCGAGACAUCGCCGACACUGGUCUUAGCAUUGCCUUUGAGAUCGUCAACAACUUCGCCUCGUCAUCACCGGACAUUGCGAACGCUUUCUACCAGCAGUUCCUCCUCCCCCUUCUUGGAGACGUCUUCUAUGUCCUCACCGACGCCGACCACAAGAGUGGCUUCAAGAUGCAGACGAUUCUGCUGGCCCGUCUCAUUUCGCUCGUCGAGACCAACUCGGUCCAGGCGCCGCUCUGGGACUCUGCCACGAUCAACGACCCGUCAAUGAACAACGUCACAUUCCUCAAGCAGUACAUUGCCAACCUGCUUACGAACGCAUUCAGCAACAUGUCGCCGACGCAGAUCAACGCCUUUGUCAACCUCAUGUUCGAGCACUCGGCUGACCCCAACAAGUUCAAGGGAACGCUCCGAGACUUCCUUAUCACUCUCAAGGAGUUCUCUGGAGAUAACGCCGAUCUUUACAUUGAGGAGAAGGAGGCUGAGGCCGAAGCCAAGGCUGCCGCUGAGCGCCAGGCCGCCGAGCGUGUACCCGGUAUGCUCAAGCCUGCCCAGAUUGUCGACGACGACGCCGAGCUCUAA